AUGAUCGGAUUUAGCUUAACCGAUAAACAAAAGGCUCUUCGAGAGGGAGCUGCCAAGAUCGGGCAAGAAAUUCUUUUACCUGCUAGAGAAAUAUAUUCUCAAUACAGCGACCAGGAAUCCCGAUUCCAAGCCACUCUGCCAUUUUACCAAAAGCUUGUGAAAGCUGGCUUUGUAAAAGCUCAGGUCCCAGUCCCACUCGGUGGAAGCAAUGAGUCGUUUAUAGAUGGCGCAAUUGUUGCGGAAGAGCUUUAUGCAAUCGAUUCGAGCAUUAUGCUUCAUGUGCUCGGCACUGGACUUGGAUUAAUGCCCCUGAUUCUAGGCGGCACACCGGAGCAGCAAAAGAAGUUUCUUGCUCCUUUUCUCACUUGCGAAGGUGAACCACUUGCUAGUUUGGCCCAUUCCGAACCGGGUGGUACUGCCAAUUGGCUUGAAAAGGGUGGCCAAGGAUUGGAAACUACUGCGCGAAAAGAGGGUGACUACUACAUUAUAAAUGGCGACAAAUUAUGGACUACCAACAGCGCUGGUUGGGACGGAAAAGGUGCUGCGCUCGCCUGCCUUUGCUGCCGGUUGUCAGAGGAUGGUGGACCUCAAGACCCAAACGAUGAUCCCGCGUCAAACAUCAUCGUUUUUCUAGUUACAAGAGAUACGAUAGCUCAGAAUGAGCCCAAUGCGUAUCAAAAGAUUUCAGAACCGAAUCUUAUGGGUCAUACUGCGGCCUCUGGGCCACUAACCAGGUACACUAACUUCAAAGUUCCGGCUGCAGACGUAUUAGGGGCUCCAGGGACUGGAGCUUCCAUCAUCCUGCGGGCCUUCAGCAUGUCCGCUGCGUUAGCGGGUGCUAUGGCAGUUGGGACGAUGCGGGCAGCCUUUGAAGCAGCCCUGAAGUUUGCCAAAGAAGACAGCCGCAGAGGCACCGUCCCGAUUAUAGAGAGGCAAAGCCCAGCCGACUUGUUGAUCAACGCUAAGAUCAAGAUUGAUACGUCUCGUCUCCUCGCUUGGAAGGCUCUCGAUGGCGUUGAAAAAGGAACUGGAGAUGACAGCAGCCGAUAUGAAGCCUGUUUGCAGGCCAAAAUUUAUUGCACCGAUCAGGCUGUCAGUGCUGUCUGGGACACGAUGCAGUUGGUGGGAAUGACAUCUUACCGAACUGAUACAGUGUUUCCGAGACUAUUGAAUGAUGCGACGGUGUUUUCACUCUUUGAUGGUGGUAACAUUGGAGUUCGGCGGAGGCAGCUUCAACAGCUGAUGCAGGCUGAAGACUACCAACCAUGGGCGAGUUUGUGGUGA